AUGCUAAAAGUUCGAGGCCAUUACCUGGACAACCAAUGGGUCGUGCCUUACAACCCUUGCUUGCUACGUACCUUCAACUGCCAAAUAAAUGUUGAGGCUUGUGGGAGCAUUAGAUCAGUAAAGUAUCUAUUCAAGUACAUAUACAAGGGACAUGAUAGGGCAUCAGUGGUGAUGAGGGAGACCGACAAAGCAGACGAGAAAGGAAACAUUGAUGAGAUCAAACAGUAUAGAGACGCCCGGUGGGUGACACCUCCAGAAGCUCUAUGGAGGAUAUAUGGCUUUGACUUGAGCAAGAACCAUCCACCAGUACAGCAGCUACAGCUUCAUCUACCCAACAUGCACAUGGUGGCAUUUCAUAAACGGGACAAGGUCGAACGGAUCAUUAAUAGACCAGGUGUAGAGGAGUCAAUGUUGACAGCAUACUUUGAUGCAAACAAGCAUAAUGAGGAAGCUCGUGAAAUCUUAUAUCGGGACUUUCCAGAGCAUUUUACCUAG